AGGCACUGUUGUUGUGAGUUUGUUUCACAUGACGAAGAUCGUUGUUGUGCGUGAACAAAUUCUUUUUCGAAAUAGUGUUUUUCAUAGAAAUUUCCCCUAUUGCCAAUGGUUCUUCUUCCGUACCUGAAGUGGUGAAAGAGAUGGCUCCUCCGGCUUCUCCUACCUCCUCAGUACCACCACUCGCAGUGAAAAUGGCGACGGCGGUGAUGACGAACGAAACAGAACUUACGGCUUCGCCGUUCAACAGUACGACCAGCACGGGCGCUGCACAGCUCGGGGCAGCCGGGCAUCCGAAAAAUCAAGAGAACUUCACGGCUUCUGCCUUGGAUCCAAACGCGACCGCAGCAUCUGCCUCAGACGACGGCAGCAGCAUUGCGGAAGGGCUCGUGGAGUCCGCGACAACGUAUUUGGCCACGCUAGGCACAGACGCACUGGCGUCUACGCAGGAUUUCUUCACUGUCUACUUGCCGCUUUUUUUCACAGUUACUCUUCCAAAGUACUUCGCCGACGCGGCUACCAACGGAUACAAUUCUGUUAUCCAGUUUUGCAUCCAGCUGUACUACGCCUGCUGCGCGGUUUUGCAGCUGCUGCUCACCAUCUCAGAUUUGGUCUACCAGCUGCUUCUCGGACUGUGGCGCGUCGCGCAAACCAUCGCGCAUGUAUGGCUUACUUACAUCGGCAUACUGCCGAUAAUAAUCGCAGCCACGUGCUUGAUCAUAUUCUUGGUCUUGGCGCGAUCUGUUGCAAAUCGACGAUUUGCAAGACUGCGGAACCGAAUUGAAGAUGUGAUUCUCUCCGCAAACGUCCACGCCGAGGAGAAAGAUGCAAGUCCGAGUUUUAUUUCCUCAAGAUCUUCUACAGGAGGCAACCGGGACCUCGAGCAAUUGCGUGGAGCGCUCCCGCUUUUCCCCAUAGUGCAUCCGGAAGGAAGACUCGUGGGAAGCAGCAGAGAAAUCGUCGCCGUCGGCGAUGCCGAGUACCCGAGCAUGCGGACGAGACGGCUGCGUGGACAGGACAGCAGGUGCGCAGACAGUAGUGGCACGAAGACGGAGAUCCUCUCGAAGGCACCGAACGUGAAUCUCGUCCAGGAUGACUCCAGCGGGACGGAAUCGGCGAAUUCUAGCACAUCGGCGACGCCAAAGUCCCAGACGGAGAAUUUUGCGGAAAUCGUCGACUCGGCCGGGUAUCCGGUGAAAACGGACUCGCGCUCGCUGCUCUUUGCCGGUGCAACAAGCUUGUCCUCUGUGCGAGCAAACGACUCUCGCAGUGAUGUGCAGGAGGUGGCCGAAAUAAAUUCGAAACCCUGCCUGCUCUACGUGCACGCGUUUCGCGGCAGCCCGGGCGAUGCCGGGUACCGGGUUUCCGCCCAGAUGGCAAAAGCGCUCUCUACAGACCUGGCCACCGUGCGCUUGAGGUGGCACGGGUUUCGCGGGUCGGAUAGUUUACUGCACUGGGCGUCAGCGGCGGACUACGUGCAGGACGUGAUGCAGGCGUUGCGCAGGUUGGUGGUCGUUUACGGGCGAAGGAAAAUUACGCUCGUCGGUCACGGUUUGGGAGCGACCAUCUGCUUCAUCGUACACAGGAUACUGUCCACAUCUUCGACCUCCGGGCGCAAACCUGGAAAGAGAUCCGCCGACUCGACGACCACACAACAACAAGAUCCGAUCCGUGCAGCGCUGCAGGGGGCAAUCUUGCUGUGUCCGCAAGUUGACUACGGGGCGGUAACACAGGAGAUGCUGGAUCCACACAUCCAAGAGCUUCUUGCCGAGUCACCUGUGUUUGCUUCGGGCCUGGGACGCAGCACGGGAAUCGAUGAUCCCGCAGUUUUCUACGCCGGGGUGGCCGAACUGCGGUCCGCCAACCGCCGCUACCACGUCAAGGAAUUCCUCUACCGCAGCUGGCUAGUGGGCGCGGGUUGGCAGCUGCUCUCCCUAUGCAAGCGCUGGGGACUAGUUGCGGCACCGGGCUUGGGAGGCGUUCCCAGUGCUGCAGACUCGAAGUCCAGAAAAAAGAAAGUUUCGACCCAAGAGCGAGCCGCUUUCGUUCAGCGAGUCUGCGACUGGUGUCUGCACGCUUUCCCAGCGAAACCGGAUGCGUACGAAAUGUCCCAGCUGGGUGGAGCGCCUGCCAUGGCAGUCGCGGCUGGGGCGUCAUCUUCACCGACGAAAAGAAGCAAAAACACGGGCUCAAGCUCUGGUACUGAUGCUGGCAGUGACGCAAGCGCGCCGUCGCCGCGCACAAAGAACAAGAAGAAAAGGAAGCACGUGGAGCACGUGCCAUUUGAAACGAAACGGACAGGCUUCGAUAUCAUCGGGGCGUGCCUGGAGAAAGUUCUAAUCAAAGGUGCGCUUUUUUGCUGUACAUGAAUGCAGUUUCUGUCUUAUGGCCCUGGAGCAGGACGCAUGCUGUUUCUUGAUACUGGUUUCCGUGUCCUCGUGCAUUUUUCUUGGUAGCAGCUGCAAAACUUCGUUAAACUACUUAGCCCUCACAUCGAUCAUACGUCAGGUCUCUUGACUGCUCGAGACGCGCAUGCCGUACGCCAUGUGCAGUGGACAGAGUCGCAAAGCUGGACGUCCCGGCACGACAGUGCGGCGUUGCUCGCUCCGCUUUUGCUGGUUCGAUUCGCGAGAGAACUCCUUGGUCAAGCUCCUGGAGGUAGCAGAGGUGGGGUAGAACCGGCGAAGCAAGACGCCUCCGACGACCAAACUACCAGGGAAUCAUCGCAAGCCGGAGGCAGAUUGUUCAUUCUCUCAUCCUCCUCGUCUGUACCAGAGGAGGAGGACGCUGCGCUCUGGGCUGGUGCCGGCGCAGCGCACGACUCCGUGAAGCAUGCGGAGGAAAAAAUUCUGCUCGGCCACGACGUGGAAAAAAUCGUCGACCUUGUCAAGCGGCAUUUCUCGGAUUCAAGUGCUCCUGCGGACCGCGCCAGUGCGGACACUUCCUAAGCACUACCUUGUCCUUGGCAUGGAUUUCUUAGAAAAACAAACCACGAGAAUUGGCAACGGUUGUGUGGAAAUAUGUGUGCUUCAAGAAGAUCGACGCUAUGCAUUAUUUCCGUCUUAUUUCCUACAUUACGCUAGUGAUGAUCAUUUUCGUUUUACCGCCACGGUUCUGCCGCCUCCGCUAGCAGUUCUCGCAAGUACACUCUUUUGUUCUCCUCCGCCAAGCUACACGCAAACUUUCACUACAAACAUGUUGAUCGCGAGAAGAGUGUCUGUGGACAAGAACGCCAGCAGCUUCAUCAAAGAGGCUUUCGCACAACUGACAGUUGAGCUGGAAACGUCAAAAUAGACUCAAAUCGUGAAAGCAUCAGAGAAGUCGGGAGAGAGAAUGCGAGGCUUUACCCGUGGCCCAGCGCAAUUUCUUACCAGCAAACUUUCAGAUCGGGAACUUCUCAUAUGAUCCUGUACUCGCUGAAGUAGCUGGCUAAAUGUAAUAGCGGUUGGUUGCGGUGCAGGACUAGAUUGAUGACAUUAACCUCGGUAAGCCCCGAGACAAGCGUGGCUUCUGUAUGCUAGCUUGGCCGCGCCGGUGACGGAGUGCUUUACAAAAGUCACGAGCCGCUGCUGCCCCGACCGAGCCGCUCCUCGCUUCCAAGAAGACGUUUGGAUUUUUACAGCUGUUCUUCCAGUCCGUGGACCGGCACGCUGCGUAAGACGGUCUCCUGUCGCUUCUUCACGUCAACACCGCAUAAUUGAGGCCACGGCAACAUCAGCGGGUUUUGUGCGACAUCUGUUGGGUGCGAGUUCUAAGUUCUAAGUUUGAUAAAAGAUAAGUCCUCGUGUCCGUCCGUCUUGCUUCUACCGUCUUCUGCACGGCGUUUUGGAUCCGUCCCGGCCCUGCACCAUGGCACCCCAACUCGAGGUUCCGUCGUCCGCCUUUUUUCCGGGACAACAACAGAUUACACCGAUUAACGAUAAAUGCGACGGUGAAAACACCGAGGACGAGGACAUGGACCAUACGCCCGCGAAGCAACUGUCGGCCGGUAUUGCCCCGCAGGUGGGGAUGCGAAUGGUAGGCACGAUUGUGCGGGAGAUCUUUCACAAGGUUAAGGACAAGGAUGGCAACGUGAUCCGGGUCGGGGACAGCAAGGGGUACGGAUUCAUUCGUCCGCAUAAGCAACUCAGCCUGGAGAACUUCCUCGGGCACAAAACAGGGGGUCGCUUCACCAACUUUGUCAGUGUGUCACCGGAUUUUAUUGCGGAACUGUCGGAGUUGUCGAGGGAGUUCAAAUCCAAGAAUGACCUGUUUGUGCACAAGCGGUCCGUCGUUGAGGGCGACUGGGGUGUGGGCUGUGUGGCCGAAUUCACUGUUGCACCGGGCCGGGAGGAGGGCAAGCUUGAGGCGCGCAUGGUGCAAAUCCUGGCCGUUGAUCCCCGCUGCCCGACUCUGGAUGCGCUGGCGAAGAAGGUUCAGUGGCUCGAGGGGCAGUUAAAGUUGUCCAACAAAAAAUCCAACGACGCGGUGGCGACCGCUGAAGCCGCAAGGGUGACCUCGGCGCAGGCAGCGGCCAAAGUGCAUCAGGUCGAAACCUCCACCAGCCAGCGCCUGGGCAAGCUCGAAGCCGGGGUAGAGGAGUCCGCACAGGUGGCGCGCGACACGAAGAGAGACGUUGAGGCGGUGAAAAAGGAGGUUGUUACCCAGCAGUCGACCCUGGCGGAGAUCCUGUUGCAUGUCAAGCAGAACUCCGCUGCAUCGGCCCAGCCGGCGAAGCGCAAUGAGGAUGAGGAUGAGGGUAUCGCUAGCGCUCCUUCGUGCGAACAGUCUUCAUCUUCGUGUUCAUCUUCGUCUUCAUCAUCACAGCUCUGUCUCAACAACUUAAAUUCCCACAUCUCAUCAUCACAGGUCAUUCCGGCGAUGACAAGAGACGUAAGAUGGCCGGCGCUGGAGCUGCUGAAGCGACAAACCCAUAGCAGCAGAGCGGGUGAUCAGGUUGCUGCACCACGGCGGCUUUUUGCUGGUGCUGCAGCCGGAGAUGAUGAGUUUGAUGAAAAUCUUGAUGUGAACAAUUUUGACAACGAGGAUUUUGAACAACAGCAACCAGAUGACAAAGAAUCAUCUUGUUUGUCCUGUCGACUGUCGGAACUGUCGGUAGCCGUACAGUCAGAUUUUGUUGAUAGCCCGCAAAACGAAAACCAAACCACGAACGGCAAUCCUUACAUCUGUGAAACGAGUGAUUUGAGCCAGCAGCCAGCCUCUGCAAUUGUUGAAAGGGCCUCUGCAGCUGGUCCGUCGCACACCAGGCAGUUGGUGUCUCACGCGUUCAACGCUUUGUGUUCACUAGGGCGUCACGACUCUGUUAUCGCGGUGUCAGAUACCUCUCCAAAAACACCUGAUCGACGCUGGCCCGCGACAUCUACCGUCCCCGCAGUGAACGAGGCACAGUGCGACCCGUUUGUGACACCGCCCCCGCGCACAAGGACUAUCUGGGACCCAGGCAUCAGAACAGCCGAAAAGGAUACAACAGCUCGCAACUCUCGCCGGAUCAGACGGAGCAGGAGGAAGGGCUUCUUCGCAAACAUCAUCACGGUCAACUUUCAGGGGAAACACCAGUCCAAGCAGCGCGAGCAAAUACUCCAGCACUUUUCCGAAGUCCAUAGCUUGGGCGGGCCCCACAUCGACGCGAUACUUGGGACGGAGUUCUCGUACGAUGCGAAUGCUGCUGAUGGACCGCCCGACAGCUUCUCCACUACCCUAGACACGGACGGGAGAUGGUUGACCCUGUGGAUUUGUGGCGCGGCGAUAAUAGUAUACAACAAGCAGUGGAUCAAGCAGAUUCUUCGUGGCAACUUCCGGGUACAUUCACAGCCACGGAUUAUAGCACUGCGCCUCCCGUUCUUAGCCCUUUGCAGCGCGUACGCCCCAGCUGAUGGAAGUAAGGCCGGCCAGGGAGUGUGUUUGGCGUUUGACAUCUUCCUUGGCAACCUCGAGAUUGUACUUGGCAAAAUCCGUAAGCCGCUACGUACCGGAUCGACCCCACUGCUCGUGAAGCUGAAUACCGCAGCGAAACCCCCUGGGCUUCCAGACCCUACGUUCGACGCCUCGGCCAACUCGUCGCUCCGCUGCCCAGUUUUUGUUGGGGGUGACAAUCUUGGCACCGUUGGGUCUCCGGACUCCAGGAAUAGACGAGGCUAUUGUGGGGGACAGACAGCCGGCCAGUUUGGGCUUGAUGAUACGAAUGGGCGCGGCGUUGAAGUUUUGCGAUUUGGCGAUGACUACGGGCUUGCAAAUGUCAAUGUGCUUUACGACCACCGGGAAUCGAAGAAAUUUGUUCAGUGGCGUCCGAGUUUGCUCUGGCAUGCGCAGGAUCGGGCAACGCAUUACUCCAAGCGGAUUCUCAGGUGGCGGGAGCUCGAUCAGUUCUACGUAACGAGCUGCGACGUUCCGAGCAUCACUGUUUGCGCCACCGUUACGUCGCCGCUGGGUCUUGACCACCGUCACAAGUUUCUCCGCGCAUUCAUCGAGUUUUCUUAUCAGCGGAGGAACAUCGACCGUAGGGCGAAACAGGACCGGACGGAGGUUGACGCUUCUGCACCGUUGUGGCGUGCCACCCCUUCAGCAAAACACCAGUUUUCCGCCGCUGUUGUGCAGGCGUUGUGCCCAGAACCGGACUCGGCCGCAGACGUUAGCUCCCCUGUUGCCGACCCGACCCCGCAGACUCCGCUUGAUAUCCCCAUAUCCCGCAUCCCAGAGGCUCUUGUUGCUGCGCGGGGUAUUUUAGCGGGGUCCGCACAGCAGGAGCUGAACCGCUACAACCGGAGCCACGACUACAAGAAACGGAGACGCUUCGACCUGCGCAUCAAGAUCCUACGCAAGGAAGUUCGGCGCCUCGGCGCCGCCCUCGACCCAGACGAUGACGCAGCGGGCGCAGUUUAUCAGGAAAAGUGUGAGCUUUUAGCCAGUGUCAUUGCAGAGCGUGUGGAAUUCCGCAAGACCCAGUCCUCCGACUUCAACACGGACUACCACACCAGGGCGCAGCGCACGCUGAAGCGGAGGCUUGCAAAGGGUGUUGAUUUCGAUCCUGAGACUGCGGCGAAGCACUUCCAAGCCGUCAGUGUCUCGCCCGGGGUUCCUAACGUUGAGCUUGUUCGCAGCGCUGUGCAGCCCCUUGACGACACCAGCAGGGAAACACUUUUAAAGGAGUUCUCCAUCGAGGAGUGCAUGUCCGCCGCCAAGCGUCGCCGCAACAGCCUACAAGUAGACGUCGUUGGCGAUUCCAUUGCGCUGUACAAAGCUUUGAACGCCGGGGCCUGGGCAGUGAUUGUCCGGAUCCUGAACCACCACCGGCUGACCAACUUUGUGGGGCUCCUUGGCGAAAACCCGCAGGACCAGCAAGUUCUUGCCGCCACUGUCCGGCUGCUCUACAAGGGAAAAGGCGCCGAGACUAGUCUUGAUAAUUUUCGUGGCAUCGUGAAUACCUCGAUUAUUGUUAAAGUGCUGACGGCUGUUUUAACAGAUCGGCUUGAUGCCUGCCUUCGUUCCUGUGGUUUUCUUUCUGGGCGCCAGCAUGGGUUUCGCAGGCACUACCAAGUGGACGAAGCGGUUUUUUUGGCGCGUCGGGCGUGUGAGGAUGCCCUGCGUGUUUUCGGGAAGGGGAGCAGUGUCGGCAAUUUGUCGCUGCUGCUCCUUCUUGACAUCAGGAAAGCCUACCCCAGUUUCCCGUGGAAGAUCUGGAAGGGAAUCAUCCGCGGGCUCGGUGUUGAGGACUCUUUUUUCGACUCCCUCUUCAGCAUCGUCCACCGCCGAACUAGCUACCAGGUUCUCUGUGGUGACAAACCAAGCGACCCGUUUUUUUUAGACAGCGGCUUCGGAGAGGGACAGAUAAGCUCUCCCAGUUCGUACUCCCUCGCCUACGAGUGUGUUCUACGUGUUGUGCGACAAGUGUUGACCGAGAGGCUUUCCAGAUCUUCGUCGCUGCUUCUUUGGUCCCCGCGUGCGCCGUUUGCUUUCGUUCCAGGAGUGAAGCCGGGUACGGGGUUGCGAUCGGUAUUUGACCUCCUACACCCGGGGUCGGCCUCCCUUGUCGUCGACAAGAUGACCGAGUGGGAAUUCGCCGACGAUACGCUGAUCCCGGCCCUCCUUCUACAUUGUCUGAUAAAUUUUUUCGGUUGGGAAGCAACUGCGGAUGAGGCUGCUGUAGCGGCGAACCGGGGGAAGUUUGAUUUUGUCCUUGCGUCAAACCCAGAAGUCUCUGCUUUCGUCCGGUAUCUCGGGGCGUUUCUGGAUCGCCGCGAGGAUUCCUCGCGCAGAAUUGGAAAGAUGCUUGCGGCACUUGGCGAAGUUGACUGUGUCCCUGCCGCGGGGGACACGGUCACUGAUGUGCGGAUAAACAUCAUGUCGCGGGUGCGCAGCAGGGGGCUCUUUGCGAUUGGGACGAGGGAGAUUACGCAACAGGAAAUAAAAUCGCAUCAGGUCAUCGAGAAUCAGGCUCUUCUGCGCCUUGCCGGCCAACCGCGUUGGUCGUUGCGCCGCUUCCACCUGCCGCUGGCCCGCCUUCGUCGGUGGUACCACAUGGACCCAGCGUGCGCGAUGAUCCGCUACUCACAGUGUUCGCACGUCGGCCACAUAGUGCGGUCCGAUCCUGGUCGACUCUCUCGGAAAGCGUUUUUUGGAAUGUUGACCUUCGGCCUGCCAUGUCUUGAAGACCACUACUUGCACAGGCGGACCGGGCAGAUUUCUCUCUGGGACAACGUGCGUGAUUCCUUGAAGCUUGUAUGCGGUGAGCGGUCUGACACGCAAUACCUGACCCUGAUGCAGUCCCGGCCGCAUUUCAACGCCUUGCUUUAUGAGCUUCGCAUUUUUUUGACGAUUGAAGACUACCUCACUGAUGACGGCGUCACUGAUCAGCAGCUUGCCGACGCUCGGAAGUGGUGGGCUGAGCACUUUGCGAAGCGCCAGAACUCGCUGCCGAUUGAUGUCAAUUGCCGCUCUGGAUUUUCGUGGUUUAGCCAAGACGGCCGAUCAUUCACCGAUGAAGUGCUGGCCAAGAUUCAUGUCGAGACUACUGUUCCCGGCUCUACCAACUUCUCGCGGUGCAGAAGAUGCAGUGUUGAUGCCUGCGACAAGUGGGACACACGUUUUACCCCGAAGUUCCUGAACGACUACGCCUGCACGCCCUACAUUCCUUCCCCCCGACCUGAGACACGGUGGAAGACUGCCGAGUUCCGCGAUAUCAGGCAAGUUGUUGGGCAUGACAGUGGUGUCUCCAUUCAUUGCGAGAACCCGGCGCCCGCGGUUGGGGAUGCCAGUGGUGCUGACCUGUCCUUCUUCCGCCGCGAUGACAUCGUGAACACCGUCUACGAGAAAGUGCGCGCGGUGCACGCUGAAAAGCCUCCUGACCCCCCGAAGAAGUUGCCGCCGCUCACGAAGUUAGUGCAGUCCAUCGAAGUUGAGCAGUUCCGUGACGUAUUGUUCCCCCCCACAGACCAGUCUGGCGACGCAUCUUCCUCCAACCUCCGCUUUGCCUCAAGCACCCCUCCGGACGACCAUCUGCAGCUGACGAGGUACCUUGAGGAGCAGCAUGCUGCGAUUUGCCGUGAGAUUGAGGAGUAUCCGUUUUUCAUCACUCAUCGCUACGACCAUGGGAGUAAAGCGAUCGCAUCGGUUCGCUGCGUUUGCCAGGAGUGCCGCGACUUUGUCCUGCGCAAGCGAGCGAAGGGGCCACGGGGUAGAGCUGCGUCCGAGUCCUCUUCCGUUUCGAUUUCGGAGUCUGCAGAUGGCGAUGGUGUUGACGCAGGUAACGAGUCUGAUGAUGAAUUUGUGUUGGAGAUAGGGCGUGGCGCUGGGGAUGCUCUUGCUCUGUCCCCCGACCAUGAGGUUCCGGAAGACGAUGACGAAGACCCGACGACCCUCAAGAUGCUUGUCCCCGUUGAUCAGCAGCGGUUGUUCGCCAAUUUGAAGACUGCGUUCCGACACAUGCGAUACAAGAAGCAGAAGCAGGCAGAGGCGGACUUCAGUGCAUUAAUUCCGGCCCCCCCCAAGAAACCCAAGGAAACUACGACCAGUGCGAAACCUGCGCGGGCCCUCGACGUUGACGCCCCUCCGCAGCGGACCAAGAAGCUGAUGCCGUCGCAAGCCCUUGACUCGGAGCUGCAUCCUGAGCAGCGCGUCGUCGAUGUUUCUGCCGGCAGCGCCCACACUGUCGACGAGGACCCGCCCAUGCAGCUCCCCAAGGGCAUCACGUGGUGCACGUCCAUGCCUGGAGCUGCGUCGCGUGCUUUUGGCGGGGUGCUUCUCGUUAGGGUGACGAACGCGAAGCUGCCCGAUGGGUCUACGCACCACGUAUCCCGACACAUCGAUCCAGCCGCGUACGGGAACAGUGCGUCGCUCGCGAUUGAAGCGGCAAUUGCACUACGAACCCAGAUCACACUUGACCCUGCCCCCUUCAUUGCGAAAACGAAGCGGAUGCGAAAGCCGAAAAAGAAGAAAAGUGGUGGUGGUGUGGACGUUCGUAGGUAGUGUGUACGUUAGUAGCUAGCGUUGUAGCCUGGGGGAGUGCGUUUUUUAGUUAGAAGUCCGCUGAUGUUUCUGCCUGUGUGCAGUUGCACUUGAAAAAACUAUUUGCAGCUACAAAAAUAAUAAAAAACACAAAAAAAAAACCGUAACUUUCUAGUAGUGCAGUCUCUCUGCCUCUCUACAGCAAGGUAAAAGUCAAACUAUCUGUGUUUGGCUUUCUUUUUUCUUUUACCUUUCUUUUUCUCAGUUGAGAGCUUUGUGAGUCCGCAACACGAUGGUGUGCUGAUGAGUGACGAGUGACGUCGUGUUUUGUCUCUCUUGGUAACACCGUUGUUGAUGAUCUUAUGAUGCUAUUUAUUACACGAAUGCUUGGUUUAAAGUUUUACCUGAUUUCCAUUCUAAACUUGGUCGCCGGGAAGGGACCGAGGUACGUGUUAAAGGCUUCGCGCUUUGUAGUUAAAGUCUUACAAGCUCUGAGGAUCCAUCGUGCUCGCCUUGUCCCGAUGCUAUGGUGGAAAAACAGACUCACUAACGAGAGCGAAAAUCCAAAAAAGCUGUUGUUUUCCAUGAUCUCACACGUAUCGCCUUGUCCCCGUCUAAAACUGCAGUUUUGAUAGUUCAGGUAGUAGAAAGUGCGUGAGUUUUUUUUCUGCGAAAAGACCAAUCCUACGUAGACGGGAACGUGACGACUUCGACAAAUCACGACUUGUAGCCGGUUUGAGGGUUUUCACAUGACGAAGACCAUUAUUCUGACCUAUUGCCGUGUAGUUUUUUUUUUGAUUGAAAUCCAAAAUCUGAAAGCUUAGUUUUGUUUUAGCUCCCCCAGGCCCGCUCCUCGGAGCAUAGUUUUUUCAAACCUUUCCAAUGUAGCUCCUCGGAGCAUAGUCUUCUCGCCCAUUCCAGCUCAGCUCUUCGGAGCCUAUUCUUUUAGUCCUCUCUAGUCUGCAAAAGGGUUUAGUUAAUUCUGUUUCAGCUCCAAACUUCUGACAAACGCAAAUCUGUUUUACGGCCGACGUGGUGGUUAGGAUUGCCUGACUGCUGCGUUGAGCCCAGCUUGUGUGACGGCGUCACGUGGGCUGACACCUCUGAUCUGAUCUGAUCAUCGGCGCUUGUUUCUUUCAGGCCACUUCUGAGUACUUGUGCAGCUAGAACUGCAAAAACUCUAUUCGGAGCACCUAGACACUCGGCUUGCUGCAAGUGAGGAGAACAGGAAAUUAGGCAAAGGACCUGCUAAGAAGCAGCUGCGCGGUUGUGUCCCCGAAUAAGUAGACUCUCGUGGGCUGCCACCGCGUCGACGAAGAUGUCUUCGUUUCCUCGGAGGACAACCGGUGGGGUGCGGCGUUUCGCCGAGGAUCCCAGUGCUAUGGCACCGCCCGGCACGCGGCCCAUUACCGUCGAGAACGCAUUCCCGGUCUUCUCCAGUGCGGAAGGAUUACCACUCGACCGCGUCACUGUAUCUUCGAACUCAUUGCUUUUUGUGUUCAAGGCAAAAAGGGGAGAUUCUCAAAAAGAUUAGCGGUAGAUUCACAACAGAGACCGAACCAUCGAGAUCGGCCGAAUCUUUCUUCAAUCUUUUUACAAGGCCGUAUCAAAAAAUUCAGGUAAGCAAUACGGUUUUCGAGUUUUGGAGUUACGAGCAGCUGGAGCCGCUGAGCGCCGCCGUACUUGCGCGCCGGGUUGCCGCCCUGCAGGAGAAACUCCGCGACUGUGGUUUCGUAGACCAGGGCGCGCCGCGAAGCCGCCAGACGGCUGAUCUGACGCGAUACCUGAUCGUGAAACAGGCAUUUCUCGCCUGUGAGGCCAACCAAGUGAAAGCCACCGCUCGGGAAAUCGCCAAGAUGCUCCGCAGGUUCGGGUGUCCCGAGGCGUUUGUGAUCGCCGAGACGCGGACACCGACCCCCGGUGUGAGCCAAUCACAGCAACAACUUGGAGAACUUCAAGUGCCGCAGAGCCCGCGGUCCGCAAGAUCUGAUUCACCCGACGGGCAUCGGGAGCAUUUCACACCAACGGGUAGCAAGAGCAUUACUUUGUGAGGAUUUAUUCGUCGCACCUCUACAUGGAUAUGGACAUGCAAAAGUUGCAAUUCCGUCCGAAGCGUGAGCGCAGGACAGCAGCUGUGGCUGUUUUUCUCCGGAAACGUUUUUUUCGAAAAAUGCACAUUAAAUUCUAAAUUAGGUGCUUAUGGCGAUCGGCGGGACGACAUGAAAUACGGCCACAUGGAGGAUACGAGGAUGGAAGACGGGUUGGCGCGCGUGGUCGGCCACGGAAAGCGGCAUGUUGAGGUUCCGGACCACAUAAGACCCAAGGCCCGCUCCGUGGACGUGCAAGAGGAGAGAACAGGGUAAGGGCUUAGCUGGCAAUCGAUUGUGAAUCAAUUUUUCCACGAAAUGCACGACUUAGAGUCCUCUCUACUUGCGUUUUUUCAUACUCUUGACAUUAAGUUUUUGCAGUGCGUCUGCCUCCAGUAAUCGAAAAAUGUAUCGCAUGACAGACGCCUAAGUCAAGCACUGGGGCACGACGAUGACGGUGCUGCGGGCUACCCUAAACUGCGCGAUCCGUCACCAAGAAACAAGCGCGCGGAUCCUGUUUUGCGCAACGCCUCGCAUUUCAACGGCUGCGUUCUUGAUCCGGGCAGACCAGAAGAUCUCAUGCGAUCGGUACUUGCUUUGCUUACUCAACAUUUUUGUGCUUUCGAGAUUAUCACGCCGCGUCAAUGGCAGAUCUCCGGUAACACAAUCUUUGUAGCUAUGCCGAACACUCCAUUUUUCCUGAACAGCGCAUGAACUCGCAGUAUGCGGACGCGCCUGAGAAAGUGUUCGGCGCGAGGCUAACCAACUCCGAGCAGCGAAAGCGCUACCACGCGCCAAGACCUAGCGACUACGUUGUCUUUCCCGCUGGAGAACCACUAUCGGGAGACGUCAUUACGGAGCAGUACUUGAAGUCAUUUUCUCGAAUGCAUUUUUACGGCUGACAGUGCGUACUUUUAUCUUCUCUUCCAUCAACGUGCGCUCAUCUUCAUCAACAUCAUUUGUUUGGGCGGGCUUUUACUUCAGAAUGUAAAUUUUGUGAAGCUGCGCUCAUGGAUCACUGAAAGGUGCCAUCGGACCGGUGAAGUGCGAACUUGGAAGGCUCCGUACGACGAUCGAGUGGCCGGAACAACAAAAAAGUAGUAAGCUUUUUUUGCAGCUUCUGCAAUUGCUAGCGUGCACGAAUACACAUCUAGUGAUUUGCAUGCCUACUUAGUUAUCGAAAUAGACACAACACUGCUUGAAGAGCACUUACUGUCUCAGUCUUCGAGCUUGCUUUUCCCAUGGAUACAGGCGGGUCCAGAUGGACGACCACGCUCACUGCCUCGGCGUGUUUGAGACGGACGGAAUAAAAAACGAGGCUAUACCCGGGACCGGCCACGGACGCAAGUACAUCGACCGCGUGUUGGGUCCUCAGCUCAAAACUGAGCGCGGACAUCUCGCUUCCUUCCGCCCGCACCGUGGUUAACCUCGCUCGUGGAAGUAGUACUGCAACUACAGUACGACUUCUCAACGCGAAGAUGACGCACGCACUCAGAGUCUAGCCUGGUGCUCGUCGUUUCCAAGAAACCAAAACAAUUAGAAAGAUUUUGAUUAUAGAUUUACAUAAACGCAGUGUCGUUUGGUGGAUCACCAAGCUAUGCUUCGCGCCUAGGUCAAUCUCUCGAUGUUCUUCCCCACUGUCGUGUGUGCUCUUGCCGCGAGGCGGACCAAAAUAGCAACUGCACCUCAGUGUGCCGUCGGAAAUCUUGUUAUCCCAGUAUGCUUACAUCAAUGAGGGGACGAGGAUUUUCUAGCCAGGCGCUGAAUCAAACCGCGAGAGAAAGAAAAGGCAAAGCAGGGAUUCAUCCAGUACAGAGCGCCUAAAUCUUUGACCGGAGAAGACAAAAUUGCUGAGCGAUGGAGUUACAUGUGAAAAAUUCUCGAGGAGGGCGAGGGUUACAUACCCGCGCAAGUGCGAUGGCAUUCUGGUUUCUCGCCAAUUGACGUUGUUGCACGUGGUUGUAAUACAAUGACUUUCGAAAACUAAAUCUUCACAAGAAGGGUGCGAAC